UCGUCGAGUGGCCCGAGGAGAAAAUGGCGGCGGUCGUGAUGGCGUCGGCGGCGGUUUCUGAGAGCGGCGCCAAAAUGGCGGACGCUGGAGUGGUGGCGGUAGCCGCCGCCUCUGCCGGCGGCGUUGGAGGGAUGGCGGCGGGGGCGGCCAACGGGGCUGGCAACAGCGUUGGCGACGCCGGUCUGAAGAGUGAAAGCGAUCGUGCAAACCAGAGUGAGAAAAGAAAAGAGAAAAAUGCCAAGCGGGGAGGUGGCAGUCGGUUUGAGCCCUAUGCCAGCCCUUCAAAAAGAUACCGAGCUUUCAUUACUAACAUUCCCUUUGACGUGAAGUGGCAGUACCUCAAAGACCUGGUGAAGGAGAAAGUUGGUGAGGUAACAUACGUGGAACUCUUAAUGGACGCUGAAGGAAAGUCAAGGGGCUGCGCCGUUGUUGAGUUCAAAAUGGAAGAGAGCAUGAAAAAGGCUGUGGAGGUCCUGAACAAGCACAGCCUCAGCGGGAGGCCCCUGAAGGUGAAGGAGGAUCCUGACGGAGAGCAUGUCAGAAGAGCUGUGCAGAAGGCGAUGGCAGCGUCAGGUGGUGGGAUGGGGAUUGGGCCUGGUCCUGGCGGUCCCGGGAUGAUCAACAUCCCUCCCAGCAUCCUCAAUAACCCCAACAUUCCAAAUGAGAUCAUCCAUGCCCUGCAGGCCGGGAGACUGGGAAGUACAGUCUUCGUGGCAAAUUUGGAUUACAAAGUUGGCUGGAAGAAACUAAAGGAAGUGUUCAGCAUGGCUGGUGUGGUCGUUCGUGCUGACAUCCUGGAAGACAAGGACGGCAAGAGUCGUGGGAUUGGCACAGUGACUUUUGAGCAAGCCAUUGAAGCUGUUCAAGCCAUCUCUAUGUUCAACGGGCAGCUGCUGUUUGAUAGACCAAUGCAUGUCAAGAUGGACGAGCGAGCCUUGCCGAAAGGAGACUUUUUCCCUCCGGAGAGGCCCCAGCAGCUUCCGCAUGGACUUGGGGGCAUCGGCAUGGGGCUGGGGCCAGGAGGGCUACCCAUUGAUGCCAAUCACUUGAAUAAAGGGCUUGGCAUGGGCAACUUGGGGCCCGGAGGAAUGGGCAUCGAAGGCUUGGGCUUUGGAAUGAACAAAAUGGGAGGAAUGGAAGGCCCCUUCAGUGGGAUGGAGAGCUUGGGCCGUUUCCCUUCGGGAAUGAACAUCGGCAGGAUGAGUGAGAUGGAUCGUGCGAUUGGAGGUAGCUUUGAAAGAGACUUCCCCAGAAAUGAAAUGGGAAUGCCUCGUACUUUUGGAGACACUCUGGAUAGAGGAAUAGGUGGCGCCGGCGGAGCCAGCAUCCCCGCGAUUGAUAGGAUGGCCCCGGGAAUCGAUCGCAUGGCCACAGGGAUGGAUAGGCUGCCCUCUGGGAUGGGGCAUGGGAUGGAGAGAGUGGGGUCCGAGAUGGACAGGAUGGGGCUGGUGCUGGACCGCAUGGGCUCCGGCGUAGAUAGGAUGGGGUCCGGCAUCGACCGGAUGGCGCCUCUCGGCAUCGACCACCUGGCCUCCAGCAUAGACAGGAUGGGCUCCGGGAUAGAUCGGAUGGGCACAGGGAUGGAAAGGAUGGGCACUGGCCUCGGCUUUGGCCUUGAGCGGAUGGGGUCAGCCAUGGACCGUGUCGGCACCACCAUGGACAGGAUGGGCACCGGUGUAGACCGGAUGGGGACCAGCAUGGAUAGAAUGGGCCUGGGCAUGGACAGGAUGGUACCUGCUGGGAUGGGCCCCGUACUGGACAGGAUGCCAGCCGGCUUAGACCGCAUGGGGGCCGCCCCCAUUGACAGGAUGGGGCUGGACCGCCUAGCAGCCAGCAAUAUGGACAGGAUGGGGCUGGACCGCAUGGGGGCUGCGGCCACAACCAUGGAGAGGAUGGGGCCAGGCAUGGGGCAGGGCAUGGGGGCAGGGCUAGACAGGAUGGGGCUGGCCAUGGGCAACACCUUCGAGAGGACGAUGGAGAUGGACCGGGGGAACUUUGCGGCCGGAAACUUCACCGGAGCCCUGGGAGCCGGAGGGCCUGCCGCCGCUGCCGCAGCUCCCGGCGUGGCUAGGAAAGCUUGCCAGAUUUUUGUGAGAAACCUUCCUUUUGACUUCACAUGGAAAAUGCUGAAAGACAAGUUCAACGAAUGUGGUCAUGUCCUGUACGCAGACAUCAAAAUGGAGAGCGGGAAGUCGAAAGGCUGUGGCGUGGUUCGGUUCGAGUCCCCCGAGAUCGCCGAGAGAGCCUGCCGCAUGAUGAAUGGCAUCCAGCUCCGCGGCAGAGAGAUUGAUGUGCGAAUUGAUAGGAAUGCUUAAGUCGACCUUUUUAAAUGCAGAGGAAGUGUUGGAUUUGUACUUGUCCUAAAACUUUUUUUUUUUAAUUUUGCCUGGAUGUAAAAGAUGGUUAAGACAACUCAGUUGCUUUCUGGAAGUAAUUUUAAUUCCUUUUUUUAAAAAAAAGGUGUUAUGCAUUGACACCAUUUAACAUGCACAAUCUCACAUGCUUUUUUGUAGUGGUUCAUCUUGUUGAAUUUAAAGAUGUAUACAGUAUGUCUGGUAAUGAAUUCCAAUUUCUGGUGGCUUUUUCUGUCUUUCUACCCCUUGUAAGUAGAAGAACUUGGGGGAAGGGGAGACUUCUCAAGAAAAUCAGUAGUGCUGGUUACCGUGUGUUCUCCUGUGGACAGUUAAUCCUCUGGAAAUUUGUCUGAAUGUCUGAACUUGUGUGUUGGUAAUGUAUGAUUAGUACUUGAGUUGGACUGAAACCAUCUGUCUUGUAUGGGCUUUGUCACUAUUAAAACCAUUUU